AUGGCAGCAGACUCACAAGUUGAUGAUUUCUAUUCUUCCUUCGAGCCCUAUGGUUCUGAAUUCACAAAGCAAGGUGGUGGCCUUGACUUUACUUCAUUUCACUCGCCUUCAGACAUCCUCGCACCCCAUCCCGAUCUAUUCGAAUUAGAACUGGAUUCAAGCCUUGCGGCUUUCAACGAAGUCCAGCUGCAGCUCCUCACCGUAGACUCCAACGACGCUUACUCCUUUUUGAGAUCCGAUACUCCAACGUGUGGUCCUCCUUCCACGAUCACCGUUUCUUCCGAGUCUGCAUACGACACUCUUUCCACCCACUCAGAGUCCCUCUAUAACUACCCGGAUUCUCCUUCCUUUUCUGCCAGUUGCUCCUUUCCUCUAGACCUAGAGAUGGAUUUCCAGCGUGUCCGCGUCGGUGGUAGCGCUUGUUCCGACUAUGGUAUUAAUUCCGCUGCGCAGUCCAACAAUAAUUCUCUUCCCAUGACUGUCGACCCCAGCACUUUUGGGGCCUUGCCCCUUAGCCCCCGCAGUCCUUCUGUGACUGCGCCUGCUGCAGACAGUUCCUAUAAGCGCACAAGCUUCUCAGACUAUGGUGGCGCAACUCGCAUUCCUGCGGUACCAAAGUCCUCGACCGCAGAAUAUUUCCUCAACUACAUUUCCAGCACUGACCCCGGUGUCGCGCCAUCCAACAUGGGUGUCGACGAUCAGUCCAAAGACGAUCCUCGUAAAAGGUACCAAUGCCCUUCAUGCCCGCGAGCAUUUGCUCGGGCUUACAACCUGAAGACGCACAUGGCAACCCAUGACCCAAAUCGUCUUAAACCCCAUGUGUGCCCUCAUCGCUCAUGUGGGCGGUCUUUUAGCCGCAAACAUGAUCUUGGCCGUCACUUGGUCAGCAUUCAUCGUGAUGAAUCCGUGGCUUCCACGCCGUCUGCAGCAGUCAAGUCUAUAGGUGUCGACAGCGGUCACAGGAGUUGGUGUGACAGCUGCGGCAAAGGAACAGUCGGUGCCUCAGCCCAGUGCUUGUGCGCCGACAUCAAAUAG